AAUAGGAAUCAUUUCCUAAAAUAAGGGUUGGGAAAAUCGUUUGGGUUGAAUGGAGGACAAAUUAGUGUUCAAAUUAGAUCAUUAAUAUUUGAAGGGUAUUAUGGCAGCUAUAAUUAUGGCUCCAUAUAAUUUCCCUUAAUAUUUAUCAACAGUAACGGAAACCCAAUUUCUCUCAUGAUUGCAGAGGGAUAUGAAUUUAUGAUAAUUAAAUAGAAACGCAAGCAUUAUUACUUCACUAAGCUUUUCAUCUGCACCAAUCCGAUGGAACUAGUUUGCCAGCCUCUAUAUAUAAAUGAAUGGUGAGUUGAAAUAGAGUAACCCACCCAAGAAGAAGAUCAAGCCAUCAGAUACACAAAAAGAUUAAUGGCGAAUCCGACGGUGAGCAUGAAGCUGUUGAUCGACACUAGCAAAGUGAGACGCGUCUUGUUCGCGGAGGCCGGCAAAGACUGCGUGGAUUUCCUCUUCCACAUACUGUCUGCGCCGCUUGCCACCGUCAUCAGCCUUCUCAGAGAGGAAGGAAUGGAGGGCUCUUUGCCCAACCUCUUCAAAAGCUUAGAAGAUCUCAACGACACCUACAUACUGCCGGGCAAGAACAAGGAGGCGUUUCUGAAACCGGCGGCGCCGGUCUCCAGUUCCUCAGUUCCGCUUCUGGCCCUCACUGGUUCUCAAAUUCAGACGGUAUUUUACAGGUGCACCAAUCAUUACAAUAAUAGCAGUUGUCGCAAUUAUGUUUCGGAUGACCCCCGCGCCACUUGUCCCUCGUGCCGUGGGGUUCUGAGCUCGACUAUGACCUAUGUGGGUCCUCCCGCGGUGGUAGAGGCCGCGGAAGGCGGCGGUUUGGUGAAGGGGGUGGUGACAUACAUGGUGAUGGAUGAUUUGGAGAUCAAGCCCAUGUCUACCAUCUCCAGCAUAGCUCUGCUCAACAAGUUUAAUGUUAAGGAGGUUGGUGCUUUGGAGGAAAAGGUUGUCACUUUAGGAAUGAAUGAGGCGAUUAAGUUGUUGAAGGCUUCUCUCGAGACUAAGAACGUUCUUACACGCGUCUUCUGUGAUGCGAUCGAUGAGUUGAAGAAAUGUUGAUCCAGAUUACUGCAUGCUGUCUCAUCUGUUUUCCUUAUGUUCCAUUUCUCCUUUUGAUAUGCGUUUACAAACUUCUAUUCGAAACUUUAAUUAUGAGUUUAUU